AUUUUCGUCGUGAUCAGUUCGUCCAAUUUCGCGGUUUUUUCUUCACGACUGUGUUCACGACCAUUCGGAUAUUUGUGAAAUCGAGACAUUGCCCAGGUUGGUUUUCUAUCGAGAGGGACUGAGGGGAAAGGCCGGCCAGCCAACAUUAAAAGAUUGUCCGGAUGAGUGACAGGAAUGUUUCACAGCCUCUAACCAGUUAUGACCGAUUGGUGCUGUUCGGUCCAUUUCGCCCACCGUUCCAUAAAAUACGAUCAGCUCAUCAUGGCAGGGGCGGCGGAAUAUAAUCAAGAAACACACGGCAUGUAGAGAAGGACCCGAGAGAGCUUUCGGGGAGGGAGGAGGAGAAGGGAUGAAGAGAGGACAUCCACUGGUUUAAACGCGCUAUUUGGAUGGCUAUUGGUUUGUUUGUUGCUGGCCGUGAUUCUGCUAGAGCGGACCGCUUCGUUACUGCGUCUAAGGUUCACCCAAUUAAGGUUCUUAAGGCGGGGACAUCGUAGAUGCAAAUAAUAAAAUAUCAAGGGAGAAGUUGACAGGAGAUUUCACUUGAUGGACCGUGACCUAUUCUAACGAAUACUCACGAAGAAAGACUCAAUAAACUUGAUUACCAGCAUCAAGUAGCCAUGAAAUUGUUUGUUUUUAUGUCUCUUCCAGAUCCUCGGAAAAACCUCGUGCAUACCAUUGCGUUCACUCCACACAACAUGCUAAAUUCAAAGUCGAUAUUGGUCGGGAUUAUGUUGAUUCACUGCAUGACUUGUAUUCCAUCAACAACCACUGAACGAUCCAGCGAAGGACAGAAAGAGGAUCAAGAGAUCCAGGAGCAACGCCAUCACCAAGGAUACAGUGGAGGAUACGGGGGAUAUGGCUACGGAGCACCAGUCUAUGGAGGGCCAGUUUACGGAGGAGGGCACUACAAUAAUUAUUACGGUUACAACGGUUACUACCCAUUUCUUAGUUCCAAUAUGAUUGCUGCUGAAUAUGGAGCGGGAUAUGGCACGGGAUAUGGCACGGGAUAUGGUACUGGAUACGGUUCCGGAUAUGGUCCCGGAUAUUUCAAUUACCCAUCGGGAAAUUACGGAACUUACGGCUAUCACGGUUAGAUAGCCAUAACUGCACCUUUUAGCACCUUUAAAUUUACCCCCCAAAUUUUAUAUACACAAAUGGAUUAUGUAAUAUGACAAUAAAUUUGAAUUAAAGGCACA